GAAGGGGCCGGGCAGGGGCCUGGAGGCCCGAGCAGCCCGGCUGGGAAGGGCUGCAGAUGCUCUGUGACCGGGGUGGCUGGCAGCGGGCGGUGCCCCCGUGACGGGUGGUCACUCCUGCCACGGUGGGCACCCUCAGUGCAGCCCCGGGCCGGCCUCCCCCCGUCACCAGGGGCAACGCAGGCUCUCGUCCGUCAGCAUCAAGGCUGUAGAGACAGCCUGGGCAGCAUGGGGUGCCGGGUUCCAGUUUCUCUUGAGGAAGUUCCCAGAGGGCUUGGCUGGCUGGAGGGAUGGCCCAAGUCCAAGGCCUGUGCUGGGGCAGGGGCCAACCAUUGUCCAACCUCCAGGACACCCUCCUUCCUGCACAGGGGACAGGAAGUCUGUGCAGGCGGACGCCGACGGCUGUGAGGAAAGGGGAAGUGAGGCCAGUGAGUGCCGGGGCAGGGCUGCUCUGGUGGGGCCCCACAGGCCGGGCAGAUGCCCAUCUGUGACGACAGGUGAUCUCACUGGUGGCACAGAGCGGGGGGGGGGGGGCUGCAGCCCCCAGCACGCGCCCCUGGAACCUGUCAGCCCAGGAGCAGGUGAUGAGGGAGAGGGGAUGCCUCCCUGAUGGCCCUGGCUCCCCCACCAAAUGCACUGACAUGCCAUGGUCUGGGGGUGCAGCCUGCGGGCCCCCACCGCCCCCACCUGCAGGACGCCCUCGAGCCAGCUCAGGGAGAUGUGCCACCUCCGACUGGGGGUCCCUUGGUGGCCACGCACUGACCUGUCCCCCCGCCCCCACCCUAGUGCAGACAGGAGCUGCUUAACUCCAGGGAGGGCAGGGGUCCGCAGGCCUCUAAGCCCCCCAGGCAGGAUGCACAGGCACUCUGGGUUCUAAGUGCCCACAAUGGGCCUCAGCACACAGGGUCUCCAGGCGCUGACCUGGCCCCGAGCGCCAGCCCCCAGCGAGGGCCCCCGUGUGUGUGCGCACACAGGGAAUUCUAACCAGCUCUGCUCCACGUGACGGUCUCCCGACAGCCGGGCCACCCUCCGCGGGGCAGGCACUUGGUGCUGGCGGCCUGCCCCGUGCUGUCCCACCCCUCCUCCACCCCCGCCCCCGCGGCCGGGCAGCUACAGGCCGCCGAGCACGCACAGCCCGAGGACAGACCUGUCAGGCGCAAGCUGUCUGCAGAGCUGCAGAGCCCGGCGGGCACCAUGUGGGGCUGCGGCCCCCUCAACGAGACGGGGUGGAGCCAGGAGCCCCUGUGCCACGAGCUGCGCCUGGGGCUGGCGGUCCUGUCGCUGCUCUACCUGGCUGUGGGCGUCCCCCUGGGCCUGGCCUACAACACACUGCUGGUGCUGGUGAACCUGUGCCACAGGAGUGCCAUGACCAUGCCGGACGUGUACUUCGUGAACAUGGCGGUGGCGGGGCUGCUGCUCACCGCCCUGGCCCCCGCCGCCCUCCUGGGGCCCCCCAGCUCCAGGUGGGCGCUCUGGAGCCUGGGCAGCGAGGCGCAGGUCACGCUGCUGGUGCUGUUCCACGUGGCCUCGCUGGUGACCAUGUACUCCACUGCCCUGCUCUGCCUGGACUACUACAUCGAGCGGGCGCUGCCACGCACCCACAUGGCCAGCGUGUACAACACACGGCACGUGUGCGGCUUCGUCUGGGGCGGGGCCCUGCUCACCAGCAUCUCCUCCCUGCUCUUCUACAUCUGCAGCCACGUGGCCGCCCGCAUCGCCGAGUGCGCCCAGAUGCAGAACACGGAGGCCGCCGACGCCAUCCUGGUGCUCAUCGGGUUCGCGGUGCCGGCCCUGGCUGUGCUGUACGCGCUGGCGCUCAUCUCACGGCUCCGGAAGGAGGACACGGCGCUGGACCAGGACGCGGGCCGGCUGGACCCGUCGGUGCACAGGCUCCUGGUGGCCACCGUGUGCACGCAGUUCGGGCUCUGGACGCCCUACUACCUGAUGCUGCUGGGGCGCACAGUGCUGGCCUCGCGAGGGGACCCCGCGGCUGGGCACGACGCCGGGCUGCUGCACUUCGCCAAGGACGUGGCCAAGUUCCUGGCCUUCUCGAGCGGCGCGGUGACACCGCUGCUGUACCGCUGCCUCAACAGGCAGUUCCCCUGCAAACUGCAGCGGCUGAUGGUGAAGAUGCACUGCGGGCCCCGGCGCUGCCCCGCGGACCGCCCCGGCGUCCAGCAGGUGAUGGCGCACACCUAGGGGCCCGCACGUCCUGGAGACGACCCUGGGGCCUGCACCUUGUCACCGGGACGCCCAGCAAGAGCCGCGCUGAAGGGAGAACGGGACGGGGUGCUUCCCGCUCCCCCCAGAGGGCUGGCGCUCGAGGCAACGGCCGGGUCCUCACCCGGCGCCUUCCCUUCCCCUCACGGCCCCCAUGAUACCUGACAGAGGGGACGUGCCUGUAGCAGAGCGCACAGGAACACAGGCAUCCGGUGGAGCACCCGCCCCGUACCUGUGCUGGGAGCCAAGCUGCCGCCGGCGCCGCGGGCACAGAGGUGGCCUCCCGGCCCUCCCUGACUCCAAGCCCCGGCCAGCGUCCGGCGGUACAGAUUUGUCCCUCUGAACCAUCUACCCAUGUGCGCCCCCAACUGAACAGAAAUAAACGGAGAAACGUGC